AUGCGCUCUGUCUUUUUCACCCUAGGAGGUCUGGGAAUCGCGUGUGCCAAACCAAUUCGAUUGUGCCCCUCAACGUCGUCGACGUCUUCAACUUCAACACGUGAGCCAUGCGCCAAAGUCAGUGCCUCCAGUGUCUCUUACCUGGCUGCCACGCCCACCGCCGUUGCCGCAGUGGUCGAUGGCCAGCUUUUCCAUGAAUGCCUCGAAUCCAUUCCGAUCGAUAAACAGGGGGCGCUUGACCAACUGCAUUCCUUAAAGCCAUACAUUGAACUCCAGUCAACUCUGCCGUACCUUGCGAAUCCGCCUGAUGACUACCCCCAGUCUGCAAUAGACAUUCAGGCGAACCUCGACCGGCUCAUCGAAAAUGUCUCUACCGGAACGUAUUCACGAGAAUAUGAUUUUCAGACCGACCUAUACCAUCUGUUUCUCUCCGCAAGGGAUGGCCAUUUUUCUUUCAUCCCAGAUUUAUUUGGAGUCGGUUCAUUCACCGUCCCAGAUGCAGCUUUGGUUUCGAUUUCGCUGGACGGAUUUCAACUGCCUCAGGUUUAUCUCAGACACGACAUUGUCGAUUUCUCCCCAGAGACGUCAGGGGAAAGUUCUGGCCCAGAAAAGUCAUAUAUGCCAUCUCCUGUAACCAGUAUCAACGAUAUACCAGUCUUGAAUUAUCUAUCCACCAAAACCGAAGAAUUGCCUUUCCAUGACCCGGAUGCCGCAUACAAUUUUCUCUUCUCUGAAAGUGCUCAGAUCGUCCAAUUUGGCCCUUCCGGCCAUGGCGCCUUUGUCAAUCCGACAUUCUAUCCCGGUCGAGAAACCGUCAUUGGGUUUGAGAAUGGUACCAUCAUCCGAAUUCCAACCGUUGCAAAUAUCCAUGCCAGUUUCGAUGGAGUCUCAGACGGAUCGUCGGCUUACCAAACAUUCUGCGUCCGAGAAGAACCACAAUGGCCCACCGGUCCUCCUCCUCCUCCCCAAACAGAUCCAUCAUCGCUUGCGACCAUCCCAUUUUACCCACCUCCAAUCGUCCAGGACUCUGAAAACCAUGUCGCAGGCUAUUUUCUCAACAACAGUAUGAACGAUGACACGGCAGUCCUUUCUAUUCUCAACUUCGACGCACAGAACCAUCCCGAUGAGUUCCAACGGACUAUUGCCACCUUUCUCGAAAAAUGUAGAGAAACAGGUAAAACUAAGUUGAUCAUCGACGUCUUUGCCAAUGGAGGCGGCAUUGUCGAACUGGGUCUCGAUACUUUUGUUCAACUGUUCCCGAAUCUGGAUCCGGUUUCCUUAUCGUUGGCUAAUAUGCGUGCUUCUGAGACUCUCAAUCAACUUGGCCUGGGACAUUCCCCCUCUCCAUCCCGAUUCAACAACGCUCCUCCGACCGGAGAAGCAUGGGAUGUUCGCUCGGCGCUCACCCCUGAAGGGCUGUCGUAUGCGAAUUGGCCUGGACUGUACGGGCCCGUACCAGUGUCUUCCUCACGCCCCGACUCGGGUUGUGAAAAUUUCCAAUUGACCAACACUUUCCAACCGAAUCCUCACGUCAUGGCUCCUCCAGCACUACAGCUCACCAAGACAAACAUCUCCGCACAACCCGUGUUUGCGCCUUCGAACAUCCUCCUCCUCGCAGACGGCUUCUGCGCCUCUACAUGUGCCAUCUUCGCCGAGUUGCUGAAAACCCACACGCAAGGUCUAGUCCGCUCCGUCGCCGUCGGUGGUCGACCUGCCGCCUACACCUACGCCGAACUCAACGCCGAUCUAGGAUACAGCGACGUGCCCGUAUCUGUACCGGCACCAAUGCAAGUGUCGGGUACCACUAAAGGCCGCGCAUUUUGGCCCUUCCGGUCAAUCCUCUCGGCUGCCCAGACGGCGGAGGAAGGGUUGGCCCGAGACCGACGUGAAAACGCGAAUGUCUCGGCCCUGGAGAAGCUUUCCGAUCUCCCGCUACGUCGAACACUCAGGCCCGAAGCCGCGGGCGUCAAUGGCGUUAAUCAUAUCCGCGUCAACGAAGGCCAUGGAACUGGGCUCCCCUUACAAUUCGUCCGUGACGAUGCGGAGUUCAGACUGUUCUUUACCAGGGAUAUGCUAGUGAAUCAGAUGACUGUGUGGGAGAGAGUGGCGGGAUUAGUUUUUGGAGACCGUGACGAACACAAACACGAACCCGAACGUGACUGGGAAGGAAGGGAGGAGGUGUAG